CUCUCCAUAGAACGUGAGGGUGAGGCCGGCCUGUCUCACUCUCGUACAGGCAAGGCAAGAUCUGAGACUGCGUCGCCCCUAUUUCCCAUAUAUUUAAGCUCUACAGAAAACGAGGCCCUCAAGUCACAGAUAAUAAGCUUUCAGUCAUGGCUGCUCCACCGCCAUCCCAUGUAGUCGUUUUCCCUUAUAUGGCUCAGGGCCACACCAUCCCAUUACUAGACAUAGCAAAAGCCUUCGCAAACCAUGGCCUGAAGAUCACCCUCAUUACCACCCCCUCAAAUGCUCCAUUCGUCUUUUCGAAAACCUCUAACCACCCAAAUAUCUCUUUGUCAAUAAUCCCUUUUCCGAGAGUUCAAGAGUUGCCCCAAGGAUGCGAGAACACUGCCGACCUUCCUUCAAUGGCUCUACUGGCUCCUUUCAUCGAAGCCACCAAAAAAAUGAAACAACCUUUCGAGGGAGUCCUCCGAGACAUGAUUGACGAUGGGUGUCGCCCCAUUUGCGUAAUCUCUGACUUCUUCCUAGGCUGGACACUCGAUUCGUGCCGUUCUUUUGGAAUUCCGCGCAUCGUCUGUCAUGGAAUGGGCGUCUUACCGAUGGCUAUUUGUAAAUCCAUUCGUUUGCAUGUCCCAACCAUUAAGGCUUCGUCGGAUUUGGAUCCGAUAGAGUUUCCACAUCUGAAAACUCCAUUCACUUUGCUCAAAGCUGACCUCCCUGAAGGGCUCGUCGACGCAGACCCGGAUGACGCUUUUAUGCGCCUCUCGCUGGAGGCUGCGGAAGCGGAUGUGAACAGCUGGGGCGUUGUGGUUAACAGCUUUGGGGCGAUUGAAGGUGAUCACGCGGGUGUACUCGAGUCCUUCUACGCCAACCAGGCCAAGGCCUAUUGCGUGGGGCCGUUUCUAUUGUACGAUCGGCUUGGAAAAGAAGUGGGGGCCGAGGAGGAAUCCUAUUCGUACAUCAAGUGGCUCGAUGAGCAAGCUGGAUCCGGUGGUGUGAUCUACGUUUCAUUCGGUACUCAAUCACACUUGUCGGAGCAUCAGAUGGAUGAGAUUGCUUUCGGGCUGGAGAUGGCAAGCCACCCAUUCAUCUGGAUUGUGAGAUCGACGACGUGGGUCUCGCCGGAUGGAUGGAAUGAGAGGGUGGGAAGGAGAGGGUUGGUUGUACAAGAUUGGGUGGACCAGCGAAGCAUCCUAGCUCACCCUGCAACGGGUGGGUUUUUGAGUCAUUGCGGGUGGAACUCGGUUCUGGAGAGCUUAUCAAUGGGGGUUCCACUUUUGACAUGGCCCAUGCUUAGUUUUUCGGACCAACCAUUGAAUGCAAAAUUUAUAGCAGUGGGAUGCGGAGCUGGGCUAAUGAUCCCACAAAGGGAGGUUGGAGGAGAGAAAAUCGUGACCGUUGGUCGCGAUGUGAUUUGUGAUGGAGUGAAGGAGUUGAUGGGAGGUGAGAAAGGGAGAGAGGCUAGGGAGAGAGCACAAGCAUUGGGGAGAUUGGCUAGGCAUGCUGUGGAAACAGGUGGAUCGUCCGUUACCAAGUUGGACGAACUGAUUGAGCAACUUAGAAGAAAAAAUAUGUGAUCAGCGUACAAGAUUCUCAUUAUUUUCUUUAUGGGUAGAUUGGUUAUACUAUCUUGCUUUUGCACUUGUAAUUAUUGGACUCAUCACUUAUUCAACAACGUAUGAUGAGGCACACCAUAACAUUUUGCAGAAAAAGAGUUGGUCGCGUAUAGGCACACCAAACGAAGAAGUGGGAACAUGGUUGCAUGCUCUGUUCACCUCUGUUUUAUUCAACUGAAACAGAGGAUUUGUAGAUGGAGCAUUUUUUUGGUGUGAUAUUGGAAUCCUGCUGUUCGUUGUUGAUGAUACGCGCAAGCUAGCAAGAAACUGAACACAAACCAAGCUGUCAUAACAUCUGUUUCACAUGCCUUAGGUAAUGCUCUAUUCCCAACAUAAGCUUCUACAUCUACAGUUAGGUGCUCGAAACGGACUUCAAUGGUGCGAAUUUCAAUCCAAGCUCUGUAUCACAGACAGGAAAGAGAAGAAUUUCAUUGACCCAGUUAUGCUGAAACAACUCUUUGUCAAAGACUAGCAUUCCUUCUUUUUCUUUUUCUUUUUUUUUUUUUUUUUUUUGUCGUUUUUUCCUUGUCCGAACAUCGUAUAAUGGAGUAUAUCUGUGUCACAAAUUCAUCGAAUGUGGAGAUUCAUGCAAAUUACGCAUAAACAACAAGACCCACUUUCAUUGUUC